GCAUCUUCGCAGCCGUUUCCUCUCCAUUGAAAACAUCGACAGUCGAGUUCAUGCCAUCCUGAGCUCUUUGUGGCCGGCUGCGCGUCGGCCCUUGGCGCCCUUCCUGGUGCUGGGCGUUGACAUUCUGGACGCCUUGGACUUGGCCUCCUGCGAGGAGGCUUCGCCGCCCGCGACCUGGGAGCCAGAGCCCGGUGUGGCUCAAGAAAUUGACGGCAACAGAGAGCUCAGAGAGCUUCCGGGCCCCAUCCCGCCAAGUGCUGCACAGGAGCCUGUGGAAGGUGUUUUCCGGCGGGACGGUGUGGGGCUACAGGGAGAUUGGGCAGACACUGGCGGAGACCAUCCCAUUCUUUUUGCUGUUAAACUUUGCGGGCCGGCGCAGGAGCAUCGCUCCUUGGCAAAGCUUGCGACGGCCCGAGGUGUGCCUUCUGACACCUCUGAGCCCAGGAUGUUUCACAGCGCUGCCGCUGUCAUCGCGGGCGCUGCAAUCGACUUGCUGGAUCGGCAAUAUCGGGACAGAUUUGGAGGGAUCGUGAAUGGCGUCCUGAGCCGUGAAGGGCCAUGGGUCAAUGUGCCCUCUGCCCUGUCGAAUGCAAUCUUUGCAAAGGACGUUGAGAUGCCAGCCGUGCUAUUGGAGGAUAGGCAUCUUCGCAGCCGUUUCCUCUCCAUUGAAAACAUGGACAGUCGAGUUCAUGCCAUCCUGAGCUCUUUGUGGCCGGCUGCGCGUCGGCCCUUGGCGCCCUUCCUGGUGCUGGGCGUUGACAUUCUGGACGCCUUGGACUUGGCCUCCUGCGAGGAGGCUUCGCCGCCCGCGACCUGGGAGCCAGAGCCCGGUGUGGCUCAAGAAAUUGACGGCAACAGAGAGCUCAGAGAGCUUCCGGGCCCCAUCCCGCCAAGUGCUGCACAGGAGCCUGUGGAAGGUGUUUUCCGGCGGGACGGUGUGGGGCUACAGGGCUGGCAGGGCUUUGAUGGUGAGUGUGGAACGCAGCUCGACUUCUCGAAAUCCCGGAAGGCAAUGGAUCAGGCCCUUGGCGCGACCGGCGCCCCUCCGGGCUUUGUUUUGGCACAGGAGCAUCGCUCCUUGGCAAAGCUUGCGACGGCCCGAGGUGUGCCUUCUGACACCUCUGAGCCCAGGAUGUUUCACAGCGCUGCCGCUGUCAUCGCGGGCGCUGCAAUCGACUUGCUGGAUCGGCAAUAUCGGGACAGAUUUGGAGGGACUUGGAGGGUUCACUGUGCUCUGAACUCCAACAGAUUUGCAGCAAGAGUUUGCGACCCCCGAAGGAUCGUGAAUGGCGUCCUGAGCCGUGAAGGGCCAUGGGUCAAUGUGCCCUCUGCCCUGUCGAAUGCAAUCUUUGCAAAGGAGAGAAAACAUGACGUGCCUCUUUGGCCGAUGAUGCAUGCUGCUUUCUUUGAGGACGUUGAGAUGCCAGCCGUGCUAUUGGAGGAUAGGUCGAGACGGGCUAUCGGACGGGUGUGA